UAUAAACAAUUUAGAUUGGAUAGUUCCUGGUAAAUUCAUGAUAUGGGCAUAUAAAUCUGAUACAAUACAAUCAAUCUUACAGAAACCCAUUACAAGAAAUCCCAUACCCAUUUCUUAUUCAUAGCCUGUGAAAACUACUGUGAAAGGAUGUAUCAACAGCAGCAAUAUGCAUAUGGAGGAGGCCCAGGUUAUGCUUCUGCACCUCCGGCCAUGCAGGCACCAUAUCCUCAGUAUCCCUACCAAUCUUCCAGAUGGUCCACAGGCCUCUGUGACUGCGGCCAUGACUGUUCUAACUGCCUCCUGACAUGUUGCUGCCCCUGCGUUACUUUUGGAAGAGUGGCAGAAGUUAUAGACCAAGGCCGAACAACCUGCUGCACUCAUGGGAUUGUAUACACUUUAUUGUGGGCUGUGGGAGUUGGAUGUUUGUAUUCAUGCCAAUAUCGGAAAAAACUUCGAGCACAGUACAAUCUGCCUGAAGAGCCAUGCGGUGACUGUUGUGUGCAUUCGUGCUGUGAAUGCUUCGCUGUGUCUCAAGAAUACAGAGAACUUAAGCAGAGAGGACUCAAUCCCUCCGCAGGUUGGGUAAAUCCUGCAAUGACUCCUCCACCACCCUUUCAAGGCAUGUACAAGUGAAGCAUUCUUUGUUGAAUUGACGAAGGAAAGAAGUGAUUCUGUUAUGUGGCCAUAUCUGAAAUUAUCUGUGUCUCUAGUACAACAUAUGUAGUAUUUUUGGGUUAUUUUCUUCUGUAAAUUUGUUCGUUUGGGGAUGGACUUUGUUGAGCUCUGCAUGUCCAUCAUCGCUGCAGGGACAAUGUAAUAAUUAGUUGCUUUCACAUUUGAUGGGUGAUUUAAAAUUUAUUUAUUAUUUUACAUUUUCGUGGUGUUACGUAAGAGGUUUGAAUCUUUGAAUUGACCAAAGUUUGUUGAAAUGAUUUCAGAAA